ACGCAUUCUUCUGUCGACAGCAGUUCGAACGUGUGUGCGUGUGCUGCCAACAGGCCUUUUCGUUCAUUAGCGCUCAACGUCUCCGAGGGUUCGUACGAAUUCAAACGGUUUUGGUGUCACCGGCCGAUUGCAAGCUCGGCGUACUGUUGGCGUGAGAAACAGCUGUAUAUAUUUGUAGCGCCUUUUUGUGUUGUAUUGUUUGUGACGGCUUUUGCCACCUUCUACACCGAUAGAUAAACAGGAAAACUGUCGAAGAUGUCCCGUAUUAUCAGAAUUGAUGAGAACCACGUAGCGGGAAACCUGCACGAAGGAGGUGUGAAGAAAAUGGUAGCCGCCACAAGGCGUCCCGUGUUGGGCGAGCUGGGUAACAAAGUGCUACGCAAUGCAUCCCAGGACUUGGUUGGCAAAGGCGCGGAAAAGGGAGCUGUGCUGAAGAAUGCCAACCCGACGCUGAAGAACAUCAAGCCUCGCGUAGACACCCGUUGGCGGAAGGCGGAUGGAUCGGCCGCGGUAGCCAUUCCCAAAAAACCCGUCACCAGAUCAGAAUCUAUAAAAUCUACGGCAGACCCGAAAGCUGGUGGCAACGCGGAACCUGUAAAGGUGCACGUGCAAUUGAACAAAGGCAACGAGGUAAAGCACGUAACGCUCAAGCGCGAGGACAGCCAGCUGUCGCUGCGGACAUUGGCGAAGCAAAAUCGAAAAGUUCAGCCAAAAAGCGCUCCCAGCAGCAGCAGCGCAUCAUCAUCGGACGAAGGCGAAACCAUCUCGACGACCACCAAGAAACCCGAACGGCUGGACACCCAUUCGCAGAAGCUUUUGGAAAGCAUCGAGAACAUUGACGUGAACGAUGGGUGGAAUCCGAUGUUGGUGUCGGAGUACGUGAAUGAUAUUUACAAUUACUUGAACCAACUGGAAAGCAGGCCCGGAUAUGCCUUGCGCGAAAACUUCCUAGAGGGCCACAAGGAGAUCUCACACAAGAUGCGAACGAUUCUGAUCGAUUGGAUCAACGAAGUGCACCACCAGUUUAAGCUGGACAUCGACACUUACCACAUGACAGUGUCGCUGAUCGACCGUUAUCUGCAGAAAGUGAAGACAGUUCCGAAGAAGAAGUUACAGUUGGUGGGCGUGACGGCGAUGUUCAUUGCAUCCAAAUAUGAGGAACUGUUCCCUCCCGAGAUUCACGACUUUGUGUUCAUCACCGACGAUACGUACCAGAAGCAUCAGAUUCUGGAAAUGGAGAAGGAGAUGGUGCGUGCGUUGGACUUCAACUUGGGCAAGCCCCUUCCAACGCAUUUCCUGCGCCGAUUUUCCAAGGCUGCCAAGGCGUCGGAUGUGAAUCACGUGCUGGCCAAGUACCUGAUCGAGCUUGCCAGCGUGGACUACAGCACUGCCCAUUACAAACCAUCCGAGAUUGCGGCCGCGGCAUUGUACAUAUCGUUGUAUCUAUUUCCAUUAUCUGGCGAGGAUGGGAACAGUUCCAGUGGGCUAAUAUGGACCAAAACGCUGGAACACUAUACCCACUACAGCGUUAGGGGUUUGUCGCCGAUUGUACAGCGGCUGGCAAACGUGAUCAAAUCCGUUCCCAAAAUGAUGGAAAAGAAACUGAAGUCACCCUGGCUGAAGUAUUCGUCCUCCAAAUUCCAGUGCAUUUCGACGCAUCCUAAGCUUAAAGGAGAAGAGAUUAAGGCACUGAUUGAGAAUUAGCUACCCUGUUGGUAGUUAGGAUGUUAAGCAAUUUUUGACUUACAGUUUUUAUCAUGUUUUAGAGGAAUAGUUUGUGUUUUUGACAAUGUUAAAAUGGGAAUGAUGGACAUUUCUGCUGGCCAAGAUAAAAUUAAUAAUACAAUUGCGUAAGAUCGAUGCUGUUCAAUCUAUCAGUUAUGUAUUUGUGUUACGUUCGUUCGUUCGUUUUUUGAUUGAUCCAUGAUUUAGCAUAUAUAGGAAGGAAAAUUAGACAUCACACUGAUGAAAAUUGUAAUUAAAUUCAAUAGUGACAACAACGCUAGUAAGCAACAAAA